AUGGGCGAGGCGAUCAAAGAUCUUCGACGUUCAGCCAAGGCCACCCGCGAAGAACCGAAGCAGCUCAUUGGAGACCUCAAAAAUCUCAAAGACACCCAAUUGACCGCCAUCGGAAAGGAUAUCAAGGCCAUCCUGCUGGAUCAAAAGGACGCACGAUCGAGCGAGAUCGAUGCUGGUGCACCCGCAGGGACACCAGAUAGCGCAGCAUGCAAGGCUGACCUGUGUUGCGUGUGGAAAUGGAUUUCAUAUGAGAUGACUGCCAAGUUCAAUGGCACCUCCGGGCGUUGCACGAAAUUCGCGCGUGGUGCUGUUCGGCUAGGGUUUCAUGAUGCCGGAGUCUGGUCCAAUACAAGCUCAUACGGUGGCGCUGAUGGAAGCAUCCUCCUCACCGAUGAAAUCAAUCGCUCGGACAACAACGGCCUUGCGACAAUCGGGGAUCAGAUGAAAACAUGGUAUACUAAGUACAACAAGUAUGGGGUAACCAUGGCCGAUCUGAUACAGAUGGGUGCCACCGUUGCCACGGUGGUUUGCCCUCUCGGUCCGCGCAUUCGAUCAUUCGUUGGCCGCAAAGAUAACGCAAAAGCUGGACCGACUAGUCUUCUACCAGAUGUGAACGACUCGGCAGAUAAAUUGGUCAAGCUGUUUCAAGCGAAAACGAUCGACCCACAUGACUUGGCUGCUCUGGUCGGAGCACACACGACUUCGCAACAGCACUUCGUUAACACAGCAAGAGACGGCGACCCGCAGGAUAGUACUCCUGGUGUAUGGGAUGUGAAGUUCUAUGGAGAGACUGUAUCUACUUCGCCACCCAGGGUCUUCAAGUUCGCAAGUGAUGUGGUGCUAAGCAAAGAUGCUCGGGUGAAGGACGAGUGGCAAGAGUUCAUCAAUGGACAAGACCAUUGGAACGAGGAUUAUGCGAAAGCCUAUACCCGGCUUUCACUGCUUGGCGUCAACAACAUCAAUGACUUGAAAGAGUGCACAAAGGUUCUACCUCCUGCAAGAAACUCGUUUGUUAGCCAAGACCAGCCGAUCUUGGAUUUGUGGCUGCAGGGCCAAUACAAUCAGCUGAACAAUCUAGUGGACGACGCUAUCAUGCUGACUGGUCUUACCUAG